AAAAAUAUUCAUAGAAAAAAAAGAUUGAAAGACUUAUAUGGCUCAAAAUAAAAAGUUUCGCAUUGUUUAAAAUUAAACUCACGUAUUGGCUAUUUCAUUUGCACACUUGACUACAACAAAGCGAUAAUAAAUAUUCAGGAAAUGCAAUGUAAUGUCGACGAAUCUUGAAAGUUGACAAUGCUUGAAGAUCUCGAGGUCAAUUUUCAUUCAGCAGUCGGAUUUCAAGCUCGGAAUUCCUGUCGAGUCACUGGAUGGGUUCAAUGUCAAUCCGCAAGGUAAUAAAAUCCUCGCCCAGUUCAGGGAGAUCAAGGAAACACAUGUUUAGAGCGGAUGAACGUAGAUAUACGAUGGUUUUUGCUUUUAAGAAGAGACAUUUGGCCAGGUGGACAUUCACACAGAUGAGAGGUGUAACUUGUCUUUCCAUGAAAUUUCGUGUAAGUUUUCGGUGGUAGGGGCAGCGGUCUGAUCUCAUCGUAUAAAAGUCUUUGGAAGGCGCUACUUUGGGAAGAAUAGUUGGUCUCCACCCGAAAACGUGAUCUCGACAAGAUGAGGUGUAUCAUAGUGCUGGCUGCCGUGCUGGCUGUGAUCUACGCAGUAGAUGUGCCUGAGACGCCGCAGAGGACAUUGGUCUCACCUAUUCAGGAUUCCUCGGUAGUGAUUGAGCCGGUGAGACCACAAACGACGGUAACGAGCGAAGUGGCCGAGACGCAAACACGUAAUAAGAGAGCACCGAUUCUGGGGAAGGCGCUUAUAGGUGGUGCUCUGCUUGGUAAAGCCGCUCUUGGCGCCGGAGUUGUUGGUGCUGGACUUCUCGGUGCCGGAGCUCUUGGUGCUGGAGCUCUCGGUGCUGGAUUGUACGGGGCUAAAUAUAUUGGUGGCGGAUAUGGCGGUGGAUAUGGUGGAUAUGGUGGAUAUGGUGGAUAUGGUGGAUACGGUGGCUACGGUGGAUAUGGUGGCUACCGUAGAUAUGGUGGCUACGGUGGAUAUGGUGGCUACGGUGGAUAUGGUGGCUACGGUGGAUAUGGUGGCUACGGUGGAUAUGGUGGAUCUUAUCCCGGAGACUAUCAUUAUCACAAUCAUUAUCACAGUUAUCCCCAAUAUCGUAACUAUUAUCCCCAACAUAACUAUUAUAAUGAUUAUUAUAAUUAUGGACCAGGCUAUGGUUACGGCUACGGCUGGUAAAUCGAUCCUAAUUUCAAUGCAUCCAUGUAAGUUUAAUAUAAAUUCUGUCAAAACUCUCUAUACUAAAACUCCACAUGUUUGUUUUAUAUCGAGAAUUGUUAUUUUUCAGUAUAUUUUUGAAAUAGUUUAUAUUCUCAAUUAUAAGCUUCAUUAAGAAAUAUAUUCCUAUCAAUGAAUAUUUUUUCUAAAAAGAAAAUAUUUUUUUUAAACAAAUAGAGGUACACAUAUUUUUGUGAUUUAUUCUGUAUCUUAAAAUCAAUAUAAUAAUCAAUAUAUUUUCUUGCAGAUCUCGUUGAUGCAAACAGAAUUAUCUGCCGAACAAUUAAUCGCCAUUAUUUAUAUAUUAAUUAGAAAAGUUACUUCUUUUUUAUACAUAUAUUUU